UGAUCCCAAACACUCAAAGGAAGAUAUAUGUCUUUGUUUAAAGGACUGCUCAUUGUUCUUGCAUUCAGAAAAUAAUGACAUUAGUCUACAUCGCAUUGUUCACAAAGCAAUUAUUGUUUAUCAAUCUGAACAUUCAAAUGAAGAACAUGAAAUGGAAAGUAACGUUGAUCAAAUAUCUAAAGCACUUUACAUGUUUAAAGAGAGAGACGACGAAAUCAAAUUAAUGCCACAUCUUGAAAAAAUUGUUCAAUUAUUAAAGACCAACAAGACAAAAAUCAACAUGAACACUUUACAAGUUUUCCAAUAUUUUGUUGACAGAUUAAGACAUUUUGGAAAAUACGAUCUUGCUCUUGAACUAUUGGAUAAAUUUAAAUCAGAAGAAUCUAGUUAUGACAAAGCUUGGUAUUAUAAUAUCCUCGGUGUUUUAUACCAUGACACCGGGAAAUAUAGCAAAGCUAAAAAUCAUCAUGAAAAGGCUCUGGAAACUCGAAAACAAUUGUUAGGUUUAAAUCAUGUUGAUGUCGCUGCGUCUUUAAACAAUCUUGGUGUGGUGUUUGAAAGAACUGGAAACUACCACAAAGCUAUAGAGCUUCAUGAAAAAGCUUUGGGUAUUGUGUAUUAUAAAACUGGAAACUACGACAAAGCUAUAGAGUUACACGAAAAAGCUCUGGAAAUUCAAAAACAAUCGUUAGGUCCAAAUCAUGUUCAUGUGGCUGUGUCUUUAAACAGUCUUGGUAUUGUGUAUUCUAAAACUGGAAACUACGACAAAGCUAUAGAGUUUCACGAAAAAGCUCUGGAAAUUCAAAAACAAUCGUUAGGUCCAAAUCAUGUUCAUGUGGCUGUGUCUUUAAACAGUCUUGGUAUUGUGUAUUCUAAAACUGGAAACUACGACAAAGCUAUAGAGUUACACGAAAAAGCUCUGGAAAUUCAAAAACAAUCGUCAGGUCCAAAUCAUGUUGAUGUCGCUAUGCCUUUAAACAAUCUUGGUAUUGUGUAUUCUAAAACUGGAAACUACGACAAAGCUAUAGAGUUACACGAAAAAGCUCUGGAAAUUCAAAAACAAUCGUUAGGUCCAAAUCAUGUUCAUGUGGCUGUGUCUUUAAACAGUCUUGGUAUUGUGUAUUCUAAAACUGGAAACUACGACAAAGCUAUAGAGUUACACGAAAAAGCUCUGGAAAUUCGAAAACAAUCGUUAGGUCCAAAUCAUGUUGAUGUCGCUGGGUCUUUAAACAAUCUUGGUAUUGUGUAUUCUAAAACUGGAAACUACGACAAAGCUAUAGAGUUACACGAAAAAGCUCUGGAAAUUCAAAAACAAUCGUUAGGUCCAAAUCAUGUUCAUGUGGCUGUGUCUUUAAACAAUCUUGCCCAGGAAUCAUCGUAA